AUGAAAAACAAAAAUGACCAGAGUCAAACAGAGGACGAUAUGUCCUUCGUUCCUCCAAGUAUAGACAAAGAUCGCCUUUUGUCGGGCGAGUCCUACGCUUAUUAUACUCCCUGUCCCGAAGCUAUCACCCCGUAUGGCACAUCAACAACAGACCAGCCUACGGAAAUCACACCAUGUGUACUUGGAGUUGAUGAGGCUGGCCGUGGUCCUGUUCUCGGUCCAAUGGUCUACGGGGCUUUCUAUUUGCCCAUGCAUCUACACCACUCUCUUCUCGCAGAAGAGCACAGCUUUGACGACAGCAAAGUCCUGACACCCGCCGUACGUGCCAACUUAAUGCGACUCCUUAAUACCCCGGGCAACAAUUUAUUCGAGUCAUGUGGAUAUGCGGUCAAAGUCCUAUCAGCUCGUGACAUCUCCUCGGGCAUGAUGAAACCAACUGGCGCCACUUACAAUUUGAAUGCCCAAGCCAUGGACGCUACAAUUGAGAUCAUUCGCGGGGUGAUUCAAGAUCGGUCGGUAAGUGUCCAGGAGGUAUACAUCGAUACAAUUGGUAAUCCCGCGACAUAUCAAGCCAAAUUGGAACGGAUUUUCCCAACUUUGAAAAUCACCGUGGCAAAAAAGGCAGACUCCUUGUACCCCUGCGUUAGUGCGGCUAGUGUGGCCGCAAAAGUGACCCGUGAUGUUGCACUUGAAGUGCUCUACGAUGGAGUGUUGCGUGCUCAAAGCCCCGACGAUGCGUCAAAUGGCCCCGAGGGAUGGGGCAGUGGCUACCCUUCGGAUUCAAAGUGUGUUGGCUGGCUUCGGCGCAACAUGGACCCUCUAUUUGGAUGGGGUAAUGAGUGCCGAUUUAGCUGGGGCACAGCCAAAGAAAUGUUGGAAGUGAAGGGCGGAGCGCGAGUUGACUGGCCGGAAGAGGACGAUGAAGGAAACGGGCGGCUUGAAUUCCUGUUGACAUCUGCACCAACGAAAAGUUCUAGCAAUGAUGGAUUACGGGAUUGGUACGGAAACAGACAGGCAGAGAUUAUAUGA